ACCAAAAACAGCGCUGUCAGGAGCUGCUUGCUGCCAUGAUUCAGCUGCAAGCCUCCGACACUCUUGGCUUCCACUUCGAACGUCUGCAGCGCGAGAGUGCCACGGGUGACGUGGACGAGGCGCUCACCACAAACAACAUCUGCAAGAAUCGCUUCAACAAAUACGUGCCAUUCAACAGGACGAGAGUGCGUUUGGAAGAUUCUGACGGCUCCGAUGGCUACAUAAACGCGAGUUUUAUUCAAAGCUGCAGAGCGGACAUCAAGUUCAUAGCGACUCAGUCUCCCCUGGAAGACACCGUGGCCGACUUCUGGCUGAUGGUCUGGCAGCAGAAAGUGCACGUCAUCGCUGCACUGGACCACUACGACGAUUCAAUGGAAUGGCGCCCAUACUGGCCGCGGUCCAAAACCAAGUCCGUGUACUGUCCCCCCAUUCAAGUGAAGCUCAUCAGGAGGCUGAGGGCAGAGUUCUUCAUCUCCAGAGACUUGGAGCUCUCAGACGGCGAAAGCAAGCGCGACGUGCGACAAAUUCAGCUCACCAAAUGGACAGAUGACUCAAGCUUCAGGCCUUCUGACUUCGUUGGUUUUCUUCAUAAAGUUCGUCAAUGCCUGCCAGAGGGACCGAGUAACGUGAUUGCCCACUGCAGGUGA